CCCUAACAUUUUGUUUGUAUACAUCGAUCCCUUGGCUUUCGUGGCCUGUCUGUCAACCAGGCAAAUCUAUUCUCACGUUAAAAAUCGUCCUGUCAAAAUGGCAUUUCUUUCAGGAUUGAAACAAGUUAAAUAUUCUUUAAUGGAGAGUAUCAAGAUUUCUGCAAGAAAUUUCAACAAUCAAAGGCAGAACAUCAUUAAAGUUGCAAGUAGGUCUAGUGUAGAAGAUCAGCCAACUGUCGCCGAGCGAAGAACUUCUAGAUCUAUGCCUCGAGUUUCGGUGGCAACGUGGGUCAAUUUCCGUAGUUUUCAUUGUAGUGCGCGUGCAAGUGUUGAAGAAGGAAGCAACGUAUUGAGACUAAAAUCAUGGCCAUUUGAACUCGAAACGCCUUUUGGAAAGCUUUUGGUUAAAGAUUUUCCAUUUCCCACUCGUAUUGUGCCAACUAAUCCUCAUGACUAUCCAGCAGGAGACAGAGUAUUUGUUCAUUUAUUAGCUUCUUCUGUUUCCUCUGACAUGUCUGAUGCUGCAUUGGACCCUUCUUCUUUUGCAGAAACCAUUUCAAACAUUUCUUGCUUGUCAAAUGAAGAACAAGGAAUUACAAUUUCUCAUGAUGGUUGCUCAGGCAUGCAGCCACCUUUGGCUUUAGUUAUUGAAGUACCAACGUGUUAUGAUAUAGAUGUGUCAACUAAAGAUGAAGGCCACAUUUCUGUUGAAAACCUGGAAAAUGAAAUGUGUUACAUAAAUACCAAUAAGGGAGACAUCACACUAAAGAGUAUGAAGUCUGCCAAUGUUAAUGUUGAGUCAACAAGUGGAAAUAUCAGCUGCCUAAAAGCGUUGCAGGGAAGUGGAGUGAUUAAAACUAGAAAUAAUGGGACAGUGAAUGCUGAUAGGAUCCAGGGCCUUGACUUUGAAUUCUCCACCGAGUCAGGAGAUGUUCACAUCAAAGAUAUUUACACUAGGAAAUCUCAGGUGUGCAGUCAUACAGGAUCAGUUCACAUAAGUAACAUGCAUACUGAUUGCAAGAUAACCACAGGAGGAGAUGUUUUUACUGGUUGUGUACAAGGUUCCAUGUCAGUUAGUCUUCCAGGCCAAGCUACAUUUAAAGGCUAUCUAUCCUGCCACGAUGAUAUCAAUAUUGAAACUGAUAAAGGAGACAUAGAGAUAAAGUUACCCGAGGAGUGUGUAUCACACAUUGAUCUAAGUGGACAUCAGGUUGAUAUAGAUAGUGCUCUAGUAUUUCUUAGUACCCAACCAUCUGAUCAUCAGCAGGUCAUAGGUGAGCUAAAUGGUGGUGGUGUUGAUGCAAAUAUCAUUGCCAAGUCUAAAGAAGGUAGUAUUACUGUGAAGACUCAAUCCUGGUUUGAUUCCUUGGAAUUAGGAACCUGAUAGCAACAAUCUAUAAUCUGUCUUUCUUCUAGAGUGUGUGAAAGAGAUAUCUCUAUCAGGUCUAAAAAAAAGCUGUAUAACUUUGAAGAUAUUUAGAGAUAUCUCUGGCACGUCACGAUUAUGGUUGAAUGUUUUAUACCUUGAAAUGAAUAUAGGCUGAUAAAUUCAUUUUUCCAUUUACUAAGGAGACGGUAGUCUAGUCACUCUAGUGUCAAGACUACAGGAUCUAAAGGGCUUGGUAAUGUGCUCAUAUUAUAAUGAAGAUGGCAAAAUUCAAAAAUACAAAAGAAACUAUUUACUUACUUACUUUACUUGGAUGUAGAGACUUAAAGCUGGAAGCUUAUUUGCCCCUCGUCACAUUGGGUCGUCUCUGGUAUGAUGAAUAUUUCAAUGGAUGGAAUUUCCAGUGCUUCUGAAUGCAGAUUUAAAUGCAUUUACCCUAGUGGCAGAAACUGCUUCCUCUGACAGAUCAUUCCAGUUAUUGAUGCUUCUAGCUGUAAAAGCAUAUUGCUGUGUCUGUAAUCUACAUCUGUAUUUCCUAAAUUUCAUACUAUGGCUUUCAUGGUCCUUAUAUUUGUCAUCAAGAUGGAAAAGGCUACUCAGAUCUAUCGAUGAAUACGUCUUGUGAUUUUGAAGAUUUUGAUUAAUUACUUGAUGCAAGUCCCUCAAAAUUGCAUUUCUUCUUUUUGUCUCAUACUUGGUACAUAUGAUCCUUUGGUAAUACCACAUGUGUACCCAUGAAACUGAUGUGGUCAAAUGAUAUGAGGUCAUGUCCAUCAUUUUUUAUACACCCGUCCUAGACGGGGCUUAUUAUGGUAUCACGCUUGGUGUUCGUCCGUCCAUUAACUUUUCCUUAUAAACGUCAUAACUUCAGUUUAAUUGAAGUUUGGUGUGUAUGAUACUAGCAUGAAUCCCAGGAAGCCUAUCGAUUUUGAGGUCAAAAGGUCAAUGGUCAAGGUCAAAGUGACAGGUUUUCAUCUUACCCUUCUCAAGUCCUUGUAAAUGUGAUAACUUAAGUUUAAUUUAACUUUGGCUCUUAUUUAAUUUGGAGUGUAUGAUACUAGCAAUGGAUCCCAGGAAGCCUAUUGAUUUUGAGUUCAAAAGGUCAAUGGUCAAGGGCACAGUGACAUGUUUUCAUCUAACCCUUCUGAAGUCCUUGAGGUCGUGUCCAUCCUUUUUUUAAGCUUUUUCUGCAACUUGCUCUCAUUUCUUUAUUUUUUCAUUAAUUUGAUCACACUAGUUGUAGAUGAUCCUUGAAUACUACAUGUGUUUUUGAGAAUGAUUGGGUCAAAGUCAUCUACAGAUCAAAACUUCAAGUUUUUGUUCAAAUUGCUCUCAUUCCUUUAUUUCUGCAUCAACUAUCUUCAUACUUGGUACAUAUGAUCCUUGGGUAAUACAUUUGUAUUCAUGAAGAUGAUGGGGUCAAAGGUCAUCUAGGGGUCAAAAGAUCAUAUUGCAUAUUUUAUUGAUCACAAAAUCAGACGAGACUCAUGGUUCGUGAACCAUCUUGUUUCAAAUUUGUAUACCACCAAAGAUUGACCUUAAGCUAUACAGUGCGUCCCACAAAAAACGAAACCGAGAUUUAUCAAUGAUUUAUCAUAACAUAAUCACAAAUACAAUAGACAAAUAACCUACCAUUGUAAAGCCUAGAAUCUCCUCUUUCAUCUUUAAUUACUUAGAUUAUCUUUCAUUCAUGCAUGAGUGAGCAAAAACAAUUUGAAGAGGGGAUACCAAAAAGUCAUUUGGCGGGCUGUAUCUGGGGUUUCAAAAAGAAAACCACAUUAAAAAAAAGUUCAAUAUCUGCUCUUUAAUUUGAUACCUCUAUUACAGAAAAUGGUCAAGAAAUAACAAAGUUCUGGUUAUUUGAAAUAAGGCUUGAAUUUCAAUAAUUUCAUAAAAUUAAGAGGUUCUACAGGCUAGCGUUCAAACUCACAUGACACUCCGUUUUGUUGACAAUCAGCCAUGCAUUUAGUCUUUUGUUAACCAUGCGAUAGCUUCUGUGGGAAACCGGUGAAAACACAUUUAUUUAAUGAAAUUAUGGAAAUACAAGCAUUGUUUCGAGGGAACGGAACUUUUUUACUUCUUGACCAUUUUUUUGUGAUUAAGGUAUCAAAUAAAAGAGCAGAUAUUGAACUUUUUAGGCAUGUGAUUUUCUUUUUGAAAUUCAGAUACGCCCCGCCAAAUGAGUUUUUGGUAUCCUUAAAAUGGUUUUUGCUCACUCAUGCGUGAAUGGGGAAUAAUCUAAGUAAUAUCGGAUGAAAGAGGAGAUUCUAAGCUUUACAUUGGUAGGUCAUUUGUCUAUUGUAUUUGUGAUUAAGUUAUGAUAAAUCAUCGCCUAAUCUCGGUUUCGUUUUUUCUGGGACGCACUGUAUUUUGUAAAAUGUGUAUAUUUAUUAGGACUUGAAAAGAUCCAAUUUAGUUUGAAAUAUUGAAGUUUUGUUUUAGAAUAAUGGAAACUACAGUUUGUCAAAAAUAAAUUAUUGCAAUUUCUACUCUUUGUGCUAUAAUUUAAGUUGAUUAUUUACAAAAUUUAUAAUUGAUGAUAAUAAUUAUUUGCCUACUUAUGCAUGUUAUACAUCAAAUCUCCAAUGCUCAGUGGGGGUACAUCUUGCUCUCAUAAGAGAAGAAAUGACAUUGUUACUUCCUGAAAUUGCAGUUUGUCUAAAUUGACUAUUGAUUUUCAUGUAAAUAAACAUCAGCAUAACUGCUAGUGGGUGUAAUUCUA